UUGGGAUAUUCAUUUCAAAUCAUUACUUUUGUAAUUACUUUUGCCCAGCUGGUUUUGAUGAAGUUUAAUGUGAUAGCGUUGGAAAUUCAGUGAGUUUUUGUAGUGCAGCCGAUAGAUAACAUACUCGGGUGUGACGUCAGGCGGGAAGAAAAUGGCGGUCCGAAGUUGACAACACGAAUUGAUGACCAAGAGGUUAGAAAUACUCAGAUAUGGAGGAGUAUAAGGUAUUAUUUACAACUGGAUUAGGUAAAACAGAUCGUUGAGGUAAGUUACUGCUUGUAUCCGUGUAUUUUAUGAACUGACACAUGUUUAUUUCCUCAGGGUACACCGGUUACGCAAGACUUCAGUUGGAAAACGAAAAGGUUUUCAAGGAGUCGUGCAAUGACAUAUCAGAUUUUAUCUUUAUGAUUGCACUCUGCUUGUUAACCAUGCAAAUAUUCUACUCUACAAAUACCAGUGUACCGCAUAGUGUUUAGUUGAUGUGGUUUCAUUUUUUUUGGGGGGGGGGGGCACAAGAAAUUGCUUUACAUUGCCUUGUGACAUGAUAAUAAAUCAGCUGAUUAACUGGUUGCUAUGAAUUAUGGGAAAUUGACAUUGACAGCUGUCGUUUGUUACUUCAGUCAUCAUGGCAUUGAAUGUUGUAAAGGAGGCAAAGAAGCCUAAUUGGGAGUCCAGGGCGACCAAGGCCUUGGUCAUGGCCCUUGAGGAUCAUGACCACCUUAUUAAGGCAAAGUUUGGUAAACAUGUGACCAAAUCUGAGAAGAACAGGGCUUGGAAUGAGAUAUACCAAAGAGUGAACAGUGUGGCGAAAGUUGAGAGGACAGUGGAGGAAAUUGAGAAAAAGUGGAGUGACCUGUCAAGUCAGGUUAAGCACAAAGAGGCUAGGAGGAGGGCGGAUGCCAGAAAGACUGGAGGAGGGGCUCCCAUGGAGGAGUCAUCUGAUACGGAAUUAAAGGUGUCACACAAACUCCGAGAUUCGUAAUAAAUA